AACUUGAAUGCUACAUUGACGCACCCGUGUAGCUGCCAUCUCGACAGUCCUGUGCUAUCGUCACCGUCUCUUUACAAACAGGCUGUCCUCCUCUCUUGGCUGACUGUAGCAAUCUGUCAGAGGAUUUCACAGCAACUUGAAAAUUCGAGCCAGCAUGGGUGCGACAAGCGUUCCCUCGAAUUCAUCCUCUCAAUGGCUUCUGUCCGUCACUGCUCUCCGAUACACACCCAGUCAAACGACCUCAGAUAUACCUCUUGAGAAGGAACUAUAUGACAGGGCACGAGGCGUCGAGUUCCUCUUCCGAAUGGGAGUCGCCCUGCAAUUACCUCUUUCAGCUCUUUAUACCGCAGCAGUCUGGUUUCACAGAUUCUACAUGCGAUACUCGUUGGAAGACCACCAUAGGCAGGAAGUAGCAGCGGCCUGUUUGUUCCUCGCAACCAAGACCGAAGAAUGUGGAAGAAAGCUCCGCGACGUUGCAAAAGUGCUUUGCGCCAAGACCGUGAACAUGUCUGUCGCGGAGAUUCCUGAUGAUUACAAGGACUUAGAGCAAUACCAAAACGCCAUUCUUCUGACUGAGGAGGUCUUGCUCGAGGCGCUCUGCUUCGAUUUUGUAGUGGACAGCCCUCAUGCCGAGCUGGUGGACCUCUUCGAUGUCAGACAGGACACCGCGGAACUUGAAGAAUGCGCUUGGUCCAUCGCGAACGACACCGCGAGGACACCCCUGUGUGUUCUGUUUCCCGCACGCAUCAUUGCGGCGGCCUGCUACAUCCUUGCCCAACAUGUCAUAGAAGGGCCUCAAUCUCCGUCGUUAGAUGUCCGAAUAGCUUCUCCUGCUCCAUCGGCGUCAUUACCUACUCCCCCAUCGCACAAGGUAGUGCCACCUGAGGCCUCGCGCUUUGCUAUAGAACAUUUCGGAUUCAAUGAAGUAGACUUGGUUAGCAUCGCAGAGGUCUUGAACAUCAUCCUAGAAUUCUAUGCCGCCCAGGACUUGCAGGCCGCAACACACCUCGGGCCGGUGGCGUCUAUACCUCCUCCACGGGUGUCCACGUCAAGGGAGAAACUGUACACCUCGUUUAGCCAGAUCAACAGUCACCGACACUUGCAGCAGUCAGCGGCGGGUGGUGGUGAUAUGAACGGCUCACCAGCAUCGACCCACGGUGCAAGUACUCCCGGAAAGCCUCAGUCGCGCGGUUGGAAGCCAGUCCGAGGGUCUGGUUAGCAUAUUCGAGCGCCUUCUAUACCGCUUGUUGCUCGAGAUGAUUAUCAGUCCCGUGCAGAUUUGGCCGACGGUCCGCCGAAAGUGCCUUGCGCGAGAAGCAGGCGACGCGUUUUGCUGCUUCUGCGAUCGAGGGGAAUGAAGAGGUUCCAUACCUCUUUGUCAUCCAGUAGCUGCUUUCCCUUACAUACGGAGAUGCUAUCGCCGA